GCGACAAUCUAACCAACUGAUCAAUUAAAAUAUUUUCUCUCACACUGAGAUAGACACAAAAGUCAGACUGGGGAAAACGACAACUGGAACGACAAAAUGCAUGGUGUAUCAUAUUUACAAAACCUCGAGAAUUUAAGCCAUAAAUAAAUAAACAAGCACAUUUGACUGGUUGCAUGAUAUCGAAAUCCCUCUGAAAAUUAGGCCUUGAUGAAACGAGUCAAAACUGUGUAAUGAGGUAAAAUCAUGUUAAUCUAUGCAUAAAUCACUGCAUCAUGGAUAACAAAUAAGCUUGUCCGUUCUAACAUUUUGAACUUUAUUCCACAGGGAUCCAAAGUUUAUGUCCAUUGCAAAAUGGGGAAAUACUCCAUCCUUUGGCAAUUGAACUUUAAGAAAAUGGUCCCUAAACCAGUGCCCGAAACGGAACUUCGUGAGUGGGGAAAAUGUUUACUAAAUCCAUCAGCUAAAUUAGUUGAUCGUUCUCGUGCCCUUUGGGGAUUACGUCAUGCAAGUGAACCAUUAGCAUUGGAAUUAUUAGCUGAUUUUGUAUGUAACUAUGUAAGGCCAUCACCGGUUACCAAUGAUUUAUUACAACAUGAAGCUGCUUAUUGUCUCGGUCAACGGGGAGAUGUAAAAGCUAUCCCUUACCUUUUGCAAGCCAUUCGUAAUGAAAAGCAUGUUACUCUUAUUCGACAUGAAGCCGCUGAAGCACUAGCUGCGUUAACCGGAUUUGAUGGUGCGGAUAUCGUUGAAGUUGAAAAAGCCUUGAAGGAAUUCGCUAAUUCAAACAUAACUGAGUUAGCUGAAACGUGUCAAGUCGGUCUGUGCCGCAUUGAAUGGAUCAAAAGUAGAAAAGAAAAACAACAAAAUGAAUCCAACCCUCCCACCGAUGACUUGGCAUUACAGUUCUUUCCGAAUACAGUUGAUCCUGCGCAUAGUUUCAGUUGUGAUCACAGCUAUACUGAUGAACAGUUGCGUGAUUUAUUGAUGGAUCCAACUCAGACAUUGUUCACGCGUUACCGUGCUAUGUUCACUCUACGAGACCGUGUUUUAAAGGCGAUUUUAGACAAAACAUCACCCGAAAAAGCAGCUAACUUUCUAGCCGAAGGUUUGAAAGCACCAAACAGUGCACUGUUACGUCACGAAGUUGCUUUCGUGCUUGGACAGUUAACAGUUGCCAGCACUGUUCCUCCACUUUCUGCCUGUGUUCGUGCAACUGAUGAACAUCCUAUGGUUAGACACGAGGCUGCUGAAGCUCUUGGUUCAAUUCUCGGUGAAUUGGAAGGGAAAUAUUUGUCAAGUAAUGUAAAAAGUGAUGUACCUAAAGAAUUUGAAAGUCAGGCACGUAAUGUAUUAGAGGAAUUCACUAAAGAUAAGGAGCCUGUCGUUCGUGAAAGUUGCAUUCUCGCUUUGGACGUCGCUGAUUACAUUUCAUCACCUGAGCAAUUUCAGUAUGCUGCUGUACCACAAAAUUAGCAUAGUGGUUAUUCGAAAUCCUCCAAUCUCUCUUCAUCUUUCUUUGUUAUUGCUGUUACCAUUCUUUUAAAAAUUUAUUCGACAACUCAGGUUGUUACAUUUUAAAUUCAGGAAUUUGUUGACUUAUAGUGGUAAUGCGUUGUUAUACUGCUUCUUAAUACAUAAAUAAAUAAAUAAGUGUAUUCUGUCAA